ACCAAGGCAAGAUGAUGGAGGAGGUGAAGCCGUACCCGGUCCAGCCGACUGGGGAGUCUCUGGGCUACUAUGACCCUCACUCGGCCGACAGCACCUCUGAACCAAAAUCAGAGUCUAAAGGUGACCCGGAUCAGAUGGACAUUGUAAAAGCUACACAGUAUGGUGUGAUCGAUCGAGUUCGUAAGUUUAUUGAAGAAGGUUACGAUGUGAAUCAACCAGACCAAGAGAAUGUUACAUUACUGCAUUGGGCAGCAAUCAACAAUAGAGCUGAUAUCGUGAGGUACCUCGUAUCCAAGGAAGCCAUCAUCGAUAAACUGGGCGGGGACCUCAACUCCACCCCCCUCCACUGGGCAGUGCGCCAGGGGCACCUCCCCAUGGUUGUGCUGCUGAUGCAGUAUGGGGCAGACCCCUCCCUGAGGGAUGGGGAGGGGUGCAGUGGUAUACACCUGGCUUGCCAGUUUGCUCACACUCCUAUUGUGGCUUAUCUCAUCGCCAAAGGCCAGGAUGCUAACAUGAUUGACGGAAGUGGGAUGACACCGCUUAUGUGGGCUGCAUAUAAAGCUUUCUCGAUGGACCCAACUCGCCUCCUUCUCACCAUGGGAGCGAACCCUAACAUUCAGGACAAGAAAUUUGAAAAUGGCGCCCUCCACUGGGCCGCAGUGCAAGGCAACAUGGCCGCCGUCAACUGCCUGGUGAAGUUCGGGGCAGAUACCUAUAUGGAAAACAAAAGUCAUCAAACGUGUAUGGAUCUGGCAAAAUUAAGACGGAAUGGCUACCUAGUGAUGAGAAUAAAAGAAUUCAGAGGGGAGGCGGAGGUCGACAAUUCAACAUUGCUAAAGAGGCUGAAAUCAAAUAAGGCGGUAAGGAAACGGGUGAUGCAGAUCGUCCCAUUCCUGGUCAUCUUCCUCAUGGGCUUCAUUCCUCAGCUCAGUCAGCCUUGGUGGGUCAAAGUCAUCGCAGGGCUCUGCACGUACGGGGCCGUCUAUACAUUAUUCAGAACAUUUUUUGAUCACCGGUUCGGCGAGCUUGUGUCACUCUGUAUCUCCAUAGCAACCAAAACAUUUCUCUACGGAACCUAUGCUAUCUUCCUGUGGCCUCAUCAGUCAUUUCUUCACAACGUGAUCUUCUGUGCGUCAUCGGUUUACAUGUAUUAUCAUUUCUGGGCAACAAUGAAAAGAGACCCUGGGGUCAUCCAAUGCACCCAAGAAGACAGAAAAAGAACCAUCAUAGAAUUAGCGGAGACCGGUCAGCUAGAAUUGAGUAAAUUCUGUACGACCUGCCUGAUAAAACGACCAAUCAGAAGCAAGCAUUGUUCUCAUUGUGACCACUGUGUUGCCAGAUUUGACCAUCACUGCCCGUGGGUGGACAACUGUGUCGGAGCUGGCAACCAUCAUCAUUUUGUGUUAUAUUUGAUGGCUUUACUACCAUGUCUAGGGUUAUACUUCUUUGCAUGCACCAAUUAUUGGUCUAAACAAUGUACCACAACGUUUCAAGAUGAUGGUUUCUGGGUCUACCUUGGCCAGAUCAUGUCAUGUUCUCCGUGGAUUUUCUGGACCAGCUUCAACUCCUUACUCCACAUGACCUGGGUCUUUGUUUUAUUAUUCAGUCAACUCUAUCAGAUGAUUUGGCUUGGUGUAACCACGAAUGAAAGGCUGAACAUGUCACGAUACUCGUACUUUGAUACGGUUCCUGAUAAACCGGGAAAAUUCACCAAUCCAUUCGACCGGGGCUUGGUCAAGAACUGUGUAGACUUCUUUGGCCUUCGCUGCGUAGGUUUAUGUCGCCCUCUGAAGGUCAACUGGGCCAGGCAGUUCACAACCGAUCUCACCCAAUCAUCUUCAACGACGUAUGUCAGUGUUAGCAGCCAUGAGAACUACCAGUUUGUAUAGGAUCGAACAGGGGUCUGUAACACAAAGCUUAGCAAUGAUCAUAGAACAUGUCGUAUGAUUGAUUGCAUUGACUACAAUGUAUAAUCAGUCAUAAAUAUCCAACAUGUGUUCAAUCACUAAACUUUGUUUUUGAGUACCUUUAUGGCAUACCUGCGGAUGAUGCCUAUCCAAGUCAUUAUUUGUGUUAUUUAUUUUCAUGAAACAACUUCUUCCUACCUUUUCACCCAGAUGUCCUUUUUGGACUCUAGGCUAGAUCAUAGUGAUACCAGAAAAUAUCAAUAUUGAGCAAUCAUGUUAAUUGAAUAUAUAAAUCAUGUACUCAAAUUGAAGGAAGUGAAAAGUAUUUUUCAUGUGUCUCUUGACAGGGCGAAAAUGAACUAUUAAUCAGAUUUUGUGGCCUUUUUUCAUUUUUUUUAGUGGAGGGGGGGGAUUUUUAAUUGACAAGUCAAGUCAGAAAAAUCUUUAGUUUUAUUCCUGCUUUUGGGAGGAAGCACCUUUCAUUCUCCUUUUUCUCUCUCUUUUUUUAACUUCUCAUUUAUUUCCCAAUCAGAACCCAAACCUCUUAAUUGUUUUUCUUAGAUCAAGUGAAAGGGUUCUGGUUGACCUUUGACAUGGCACUCCCCAAAAUCUUCUGUAGUUGUAUGACCCCCUAUAUAGGGCACCUUCCUGAAAUAAGUUUGCUCUGUUUUCUAGUUCACAGGAAAGUUGAAAUGCUCUCAAAUUAUACUUCUAAGACUUCCUAUAUGCAUUGAAGUCCCGUAUAUAUAAAUUCAUGUUUGUAUAGCUGUACAUGUAUGUAUAUACUAUGUUGCUUUUUGUAUAAGUGAUGUGUUGUGGAAGUUGCCUUUUUGCCCUGUUCUUUCAGUUUAAUAGCUAAGAAAGGACCUCAGAUAUCACAAAAUUAUCUUUCAGGUAUUUAUUUCUCUCUUUUUUUUUGGUCAUGUGAAUAUUUUUGCACAUACCAAUUAGCAUCAACUGGCUGAAGGAGUGUUUGUUUUUUCCGGACAUGUGAUGCGAAAGAGAUGUAAAGGGGGCUGACUUUUAUAGAUGCACUAUAAAUCAAUUUUAUAUAAGGUACCUUGUCAGAAGUCUGCGCCAAGUCUCUUAGCUGGAAAUCCUGCUGACUUUGAAUGCACUACAAAUCAAUAUCAUAUAGGGUACCUUGUCAUAAGUCUGCGCCAAGUCCUUUAGCAGGAAAACCUGCUAUACAGCCAAUGUGCAUCUUUUCUUUGGGGCAUCCCCCCAUUGUCUUGUCCAUGACGAAGUGUGAGCACUGGGCCCAGUCUUACAAAGAGUUACAAUCGAUCCAAUCAACCACAACUAUGGAAAGCCAGCAAUGUCAACAUCUAAACUACAUGUUUGUUCAAAGUAUUUUCUAGAUGUGAUGUACAUUCAUGCAUUCCCCGUUUUCUUGAAAACUCAGUGUGCUUCUCUUUGUUUGCGAAAGACAUUUCGCAAAUUUCCUGUCGAAAAAUUAUGACAUGGAUGGAUUUCCCUAUAUUUGAGGUUGAUUUGGUCAAUCAUAACUCUUUGUAAGACGAGGCCCUAGUAAAAGAUGCCUGUACCUAGAAAUGUUUCUCUACAGGAAUAAGGGGACAAUAUGGUGGUCAUGACAUUUGCUCCAGCGACAAUUGCACCGGACCUAAUUUCGUCUAAGAUGUAGGAUUAGGGUUGCAAUUGGGUUUUACAUGUAUGUUGGGUUUAGGGUAGGGUAGUGUUAAACCCAGGGUUGAAGUUGGUCAUUUGAUUAGUGUGUGGAAUUUAGAGCGGAGCAAUCGUAGCCAGAGCAAUUGUCAUGGAACAGACAAUAUUGUGUUGCAACAAUGUUGUAUUUGUAGAAUAAACUUUUUUUGUGAGUUGCUGUUUGAAUUAAGAGAUAACAGAUUUUAACAUCUCCCAGCAACAAUAUUGAGAUGAAAUGAAAUACAACUUACUUUAUUGGUUGUGGUUGAUUAAAAAAUAUAUAGUGACCAUAAUGUUGUAAACAACUCAUCCAUUUAAAAGGAAGGUACAAGUAAAUGCUCAUUCAAAUUAUAUUGUGCAAAUUGAGCUGGUGGGUGUUUCAUAAAGCUGUUCGUAAAGUUACUAACGACUUUACGCACAACUGUAACAUGUUCUUAGGUCAUAACUCAAGAGGGAUGUCACAUAGCACAAGAAAGGAUCACCAUUCGUGCGUAAAUUCAUUUGUAUCUUACAAACAGCUUUAUGAAACACCCACCAGGAAUGUUUUGAUGUAUAGUUUAUUACUGUUAUUUGUAUUUAGGAAUAUCUGGAGAAUAUAUAUAUAUUAUGCAUUUCAAUUGACACCGAAUUAUUAGUCAGAUCAAUGGUGUUUGAAAUGAUAACUGGGCCCUAUCUUACAAAGAGUUGCGAUUGAUCCGAUCAAUCACAACUAUGGCAAGCCAGUUUUGUUUCAAAAUAUGUUCUUGAUAUGAUGGGUAUUCAUACAUUGUUGUCUUGACAAUUCAGUGUGCUCCCCUUUGUUUACAAAGGACAUUGUGAUAAUUUCCUGUGGAAAAAAAUAUGACGAUGAUGGAUUUCCAUAUAAGUGAGGUUGAUUUGAUUACUCGUAACUCUUUGUAAGACGGGUCCAGGAAAUCUAAUUUUACAUUGAAAUCAUGAUAAUAGGGAGAAUUGUUAUUGUUUACGUUCAAAUAGAUGAAGAGUAAAGUAUUACAGGGAUAAUUGGAAAAUGUGGUAAGUGGCUUGGAAAAAAAUGCUGAUCAUGUGGAUGUAAUUAUGCAAAUAUCAUGUAGCUAUCAAAAAUACAUUGUGCAUUUCCCCCACAAUGAUACAUGUACUAUGGUUUUUAAAAGAAUAGAAAAUUUGGUAUGUAGCUCUAUGAGUUCUCUAUCUUUACAUUCACACAGAGCUGCCAACCUAUGCAUUUUGCCGAAACUAUUACUGUUUUGCAACAUUAUUAUGGAAUUACGUUUUUUCCUUCAUAAAAUGCAAUAUUAUGUUGGAAAAAAAAAUGAUUUUUUUUUUUUAAAGAAAAUUUUGUUUAUGUUUCUGGUAACUCCCUUAGGAACUGGGCAGGAUAGCAUUUUUUUGCUGGUAAACGCCAAGCUGAUAUAUAUAACCAAUUACCUAGGAAACAUUUUAUGUCUUGGUUAAUCAGUCAUUGUGGCUGACUUUAUAGACAGAUAUUAAUUAAUUACUCUUGGGCCUUUUUAUUAAAGUGAGACAAUGGCAGAGUGGGGAUUCGAACUCACAACCUUGCGAUUAUGAGUCCAAUGCUCUAACCACUGGACCUAUUGAGAAAAAAUUGACUCCAUUUGUCUCCUGUUUCAUAAAACUUACACAAGUUUAGGUGAUUGGAUGAAUAUAAUUGCAGGUUAAACUGGACCAAAGGUCGAAGGUCAUAUGUGAGUCAAUAUUUCAAAGUGCAGUUUUGGGGAUCACUGAAUACUGUGUCUAAUUCCCAGAAGUUAUUACAGGUCUGGUUUUAACCCUAUCAAGGCUGGGGUAUUUUUGGAGAUCAUAUGGCCAGGGGGGGGGGGGGGGGCUGGGAGGCCCCCCUCAAAUGUAUUGUUUCAUUACCAAAUAUUUCAGGACCAAAUUUUGAAAAUGUAUAGUUACGAGUGAGAUCACUAUUUAAUUAUUGCAUUUAGUUAUGUUUGUUUGGUGAUCAUGGAUUAUAAUAUUUUGAAAACUUAUCAGUAGUAAUUUUAGCAAUUUAUGUAGUACUUCAGAACUUCAAAUCAUGAUUUUCUCAUACCAAAGUGUGAUAAUUCAUAUAUGCUGUAUGUUUUCAUACGGAAGGCGAAGUGGAGUUACUCCGGACUGAGUUGAUAUGCUUGUACUGCGUACCGACAUUACACCCCCUUUCAAACUGGCAAGCUCCGCAGCGGUGUAUCCGCAGUCAUUUCUGUGGUUUCCAAGCGAGUUGUGUGACGUGCGGAAUCUCCCCCAUGCGGAAAUGAAUGAGGUUAGGUGCAAGAUAAGCGAUACCGCACUUCCGGUGUGGACUAACUCCGUUUGUAACCCUCAUCUCGAAGUGGGAUGAGUACUCCGCUUUGAAUCCGGAUUGAAAUAAUCCUAGAAUUUUCAUAAUGCCCUCCAAAGUGGAGUAACUCCUUCUGGACUCCGGAGCAACUCCAUUUCGGCUGUCAGUAUGAAAGUGGUUUUAGAUGUAGAUUCAAAUUUUGUAGUGUUUAUUAGAAUAUGUUGUUUUUUUAAACUUUUUUAUGUUAUUAUUUUGUUGUUCUGAAUAUCAAGAAUUAUUAAAGUUGACAGAUACUCUGCAGGCCUGAUUGAAACUCUGAUCAACUAUUGGGUCUUCACUCAAGACUAGCACAUAACUUUACUGUUUCAAUUGAGGCCUGCAGUAUACAAGUCGUUGCAGGCUGUGUAUUCAGACCCCUUAACCUGAAUGAAAGAUUUGCCACCAGAAUAAAUGGCAUAGGUGGGGGAUUAUAUCAAAGGGAAAAUUGGGUUUGGAUCAGUGGGUUGGAGUUUGAACCUAGAAGCUUAUGAUAUGAUGUCUGAUGACGCAAUCACAUGACCACCUCAUAAUGAAAUGGGCGAUUCCAUGCCGUGUCUUACGGGACAUUUUAACAUUUUCGAUCUUUUGAUAAAAGAAUAAUAUUCUUGAUUGAUGGUAACCCUCAAGUAGUACCAGAUUGAAAAAAGAACCAAGACUUACAUGUAACUUGACUCAAUUACAUAUCCUAUACAAUUGAAUUGAAAAGUAGUACUAAAUUUUUCAAUAUUAAGAUUUUACCCUGAUGAACCCUCUUUUCCAUCGACUAUUAAAUCAACUAAUUAUUCAAUUAAUUGGUAAUUCAAUUGAGUGAUUUAUUAUUAAAUCUAAUCUUGGGAUUUGAGGAACCUCUUUCUUAUCAAUCAAAGUGGGAUGUUACUCUCUGUAGCAUUGAAAAUGACAUUAGGCUACAAAGCGUUUAAAGCUGUGCAUUUCAUGUUUGAAAUAACAUAGGUUGUAAGUUAUCCCUACCCAAAAAGAAAAUCUGUGAAAUCUUGUAUUAUGAAUUCAGAUUGGAAAAGUCUAGUAAUUUUGAAACAUGUGCUUUAAUUAAAAAAAAUGAUGAUAUUAGAUGUGAUUUCCUCCAAAGAAUACAUUUCUUUUUAAUAUAUGUGAUUAAUGUGAUAAAUUUAUAUUACUAUUUUGUCAGUGUAGUUUUUGUAAUCUGAUUCUUUCUUUAUAAUUACUUUAAAUUGGAAGUGCCAAAUUAUGUAUUUGAUUAAUGUGUACAUUGAAUGAAUGAAACAAGGAAGGCUUUCCUUUUGGAAAAUGAUGUUCGCUGACAUGCAUUAUUAUUUCAAGCACAAAGUUAGAAAAUAGGAAAAUAUUUCAGGAAAUAGUGUUGUCUAUAUAUUUGAAGGUCCUUUUACUAGAAUGUUUUAGCAUUCUACUUUCAUAUAUUUUAGAGGUGAAAUAUAGACAAUUAAUUUGAUUGUUAGAAUUUCGCUUGUUUAAUUUUUCACUAUGCAUUGAAGUCACGCUACAUGUAUGUCAAGCGUGGGUACUGCAUUUUAAUCAUCUAAUUUGAACAUGGUUUGACGAAAAAAUAAUUGGUUAGAGUCCAUUUGGUAUUUUAGCAGAUGGUCUAAUUAUCAGAUCAUCUAAUACCAUCAUGGCUAAACCCACUUGGUCUACUAGCAGAUGGUCUAAUUAUCAGUUUGUCUAAAACACCAUCAUCAUACACCAUCAGAGCUAUAAAUAUUCUUGGUCCAACCAUUAUUUGGUUCGAUAUUCUUUAGGCUAUAAACUGUAAUUUAGUCUAGAUUCUAGAUGGGCUCAUUUCCACUUUAGGACAAUUCCAAAAGAUGAUCAACCUUUUUGUAUGUCCGACCUGCAUUUUUCUCAAGUCUUACUUCACUUCAUAAACUGACCAAGUCAUUGUCAAUAAAGAGAACAUUACAGACUGUCAUAAAGAACAAGAAAUCAGAGACAGAAAAUUUCAUGAAAGUCCCAAAUAUAGGGGGUCGGACGUACAUAUUUUAUGGAACUGCCCUUUAUCUACUUAUUUUGUACACUUUGUCUAUAAAUUAAUAUUUGAUUCAUAUGGAAUAUGGUUAUAUAUAUUUGGUGAUGUUAGAGCAAGUGGUAUUACACAAUGAUGGGUGUAGACGAACUGGAAAUAAAAAUGAUAAAUGGGCUUUUAUGGCAAUUGGACCAAAUGGUUAGUAGACUAACUAGGAUUAGACCAUGUGGGAUAAGACCAAGUAGAAUUAAACAAAGCAAAUGUAGUGGCAAUUUAUCAGAAUAACCAAAAUACCGUUGUGCUCAAAGGUUAGUGAACCCAGCCGCAAAAUGCACUCCUUCGCGCUGAAUGUUAAAUAUGGACAACACAAUGUUCAGCAAGCCCAGAGAAACUAAUUUCGUCGAAUGUGAAAAUUUGAUAACUGAUGUCACAAUUGGCAAAACUCAACACUGACUACAUUAUAUGUUCAUUUUGCGGUGGGAUUCACUAAAUUCUGAGCACCACUGUACAUAUGAAAUGGGAUAUGUCAGGACUAAUUAAAAAAAAAAAAAAACCUAUGAAAUAUGAUAAUUUGUAUAAAUGUUGCGAUUGAUUUUAAUAUGUAAUGAGUUUUUAAUGUCAAAUUAUGUAGCUAUUCUGCUCGAAUUAUUAAUUUGGUUUAUUAUGCAAGUCAUUAUUGUCAUUGAUUGCUUUUUAAGUGGAACUUUUCUAUGCUUUCACAUCCAUGUGAAGCUAUGUUUGAUGUAUAUCAUGCCUGUCAGUUUAUUUUGUAUUUAUGUAAAUGUUGGAUCCAUUUAAUCAUGAAUGUAUAUAUUAUGAA